AUGGCUUCAAAGCUUGGAGCUGAUGUGGAGGAAGAUGAAUCAGCUAUUGAUCAAGAUAUGAACGAAGGAGGCAUUAGAGCAGUAGCAAACACUAAUGCUAUUGAAGAAGGUCCUCUAACAGGGAUGUUAUUUCCUUGUAUCAGCACUAUGUUCAACUUCUAUAAAGAACAUGCUAGAUUGAAAGGUUUUAGUGUUUUCAAAAGAUCAGCAGUUAAUGUACGGGGUGGAUCUCGCAAAUAUCAAACAAUUAGUUGCGAUAAAGGAAGGAAAGCAAUUGGUGCGAAAUCAUCAAAAAGGAUAAAUUGUCCUGCAAAGAUUAAUGCAAUCCUAAGAGAAAAUGGAAUGUGGCAGAUUUCAAAAGUUAUUUCAAGUCACAAUCACGAAUUGGAACCUUCUAUGUCUAGAUUGAUGGAUAGUCGAAACUUCAUUGAGCGAAAGAGGAGGCUACGACUUGGUGAUGGUGAUGCUGAGGCUAUACGUAAGUUGUUUGUGAGAAUGCAACGAAACGAUCCUGAGUUUUUCUAUUCAUUUGAUCUUGAUGAUGAUUCCAGGCUUUCAAAUGUUCUAUGGGUUCAUCCUCGUAGUCGAGCUGCUUACGAGGAAUUCAAUGAUGUUGUUAUUUUUGACACUACUUACCUUGUUAAUCGAUACAAGUUGCCAUUUGCCACCAUUGUUGGAGUAAAUCAUCAUGGGCAAUCUAUUUUAUUAGGAUGCGCCUUGAUCUCACAUGAAGAUGUAAACACUUUUAAGUGGUUGUUCAUGACGUGGCUUGAAGCAAUGGAAGAUGUUCAUCCUAAUUCUAUUCUUACAGAUCAAUGCGAGAGCAUGAGGAAAGCCAUUAGGGAGGUAAUGCCUAAUACUAGACACAGAUUUUGCUUGUGGCAUAUAUUAUGCAAGGUACCUGAGAAGUUUAAGGGUGUUACUGAUUAUGAUAGUGCAUGCCUUGAGUUUAAAGCUGUAAUAUAUGAUAGCUUAACCAUCGAGAUGUUUGAGAGAAAUUGGAAUGAGUUUGUGGUGAAGCAUGGGUUGGAAAGAAAUGAAUGGCUUUCCAAACUAUAUGUUGAUAGGGAGUAUUGGGUUCCAAUUUAUCUCAAUCACACAUUAAGGUCUGGAAUGGUUUCGACUCAAAGGAGUGAGAGCAUGCAUGCCUAUUUUGAUGGGUAUGUUAACUCAAUGAGCACACUAAAGCAAUUUGUGGAGCAGUAUGAGAUUGCUAUGUGUGACAAGAAUGAAAAGGAGUUCUAUGCUGAUUUCAAAUCAAAAAACACAGUUGUAAAUUGCAUAUCUGUUUUUAAAUGGGAACAACAGUUUCAAAAGGCAUUUACUAAUUCAAUAUUCAAGCUCGUUCAAGAGGAGAUUAAACGAAUGUGGUAUUGCCAUGUCAUUCAGCCAACUGAAGAGGGAAGGCGUGAAGCAGAUAAUGAGCCAGGAAUUGAGAGACAUAAAAUUAUGGAGAAAUCCAUAAUCAACAACUGGUUUCGUAGGGAGUUUGUUUAUGAUGUAGAGUACAGGGAAAAUGGCCAAUAUUUCAGCUGCAAUUGUAAGAAAUUCGAAUCAAAAGGAAUAUUGUGCUGCCAUAUCAUGAGGUUGAUGUCACUCAAAGACAUAAAGUUCAUCAACGAACGAUAUUUGCUUAGGCGAUGGAGAAAAGAUGUUAACCGUGUCCAUAGUAAAAAGUUUUUUCACGAGGGUACCCACAUAUGA